GCCCGCGCCGCCCUCCUCCGGGCCUCGGGGACCCCGCCGCGUCUGCUCUCGCGUGUGUCUGUGUGCGAGGUGGUCGCCGAGGGCUCCGGGCUCGGUCCCCGGUCCUCGAGCCCUGACAGGCCGACGGGCCAGCUCCGGCGGGGGGUGCUGGACACCAGGGGGGCGGGCGCCCCAGCCGGCAGCCCCGGGCCUCGGGUCGUGAGUCUCAGGACUGGCGCUGGUGCCUGAAGACGUCCUUUCCCCGGGGGAGCUGGUGUGGACGGAGGGGCGUGCUGGUCACCAUGACAACAGAGACAGGCCCCGAUUCUGAGGUGAAGAAGGCUCAGGAGGAGGCCCCACAGCAGCCCGAGGCAGCCGCCGCUGCGACCGCCGCUGCGACCACCCCUGUGACCCCCGCAGGCCACGGCGGCCACCUGGAGGCCAACUCCAAUGAGAAGCACCCGCCCCAGCAGGACAAUCGGCCUGCUGGACAGAGCCUAGACAUGGAGGAGAAGGGGUAUGGGGAGGCUGAUGGCCUGUCAGAGAGGACCACGCCCAGCAGAGCCCAGAAAUCACCCCAGAAGAUUGCCAAGAAGUACAAGAGUGCCAUCUGCCGAGUCACUCUGCUCGAUGCCUCUGAGUACGAGUGUGAGGUGGAGAAACACGGCCGGGGCCAGGUGCUGUUUGACCUGGUCUGUGAGCACCUCAACCUCCUGGAGAAGGACUACUUCGGCCUGACCUUCUGUGAUGCCGACAGCCAGAAGAACUGGCUGGACCCCUCCAAGGAAAUCAAGAAGCAGAUCCGGAGCAGCCCUUGGAAUUUUGCCUUCACAGUCAAGUUCUACCCCCCUGACCCUGCCCAGCUGACAGAAGACAUCACAAGAUACUACCUGUGCCUGCAGCUGAGGGCGGACAUCAUCACGGGCCGGCUGCCAUGCUCCUUUGUCACACAUGCCCUGCUGGGUUCCUACGCCGUGCAGGCGGAGCUGGGCGACUAUGACGCCGAGGAGCACGUAGGCAACUAUGUCAGCGAGCUCCGCUUCGCCCCCAACCAGACCCGGGAACUGGAGGAGAGGAUCAUGGAACUGCACAAGACAUACAGGGGCAUGACUCCAGGAGAAGCAGAAAUCCACUUCUUAGAGAACGCCAAGAAGCUUUCCAUGUAUGGAGUAGACCUGCACCAUGCUAAGGACUCCGAGGGCAUCGACAUUAUGUUAGGAGUCUGUGCCAAUGGCCUGCUCAUCUACCGGGACCGGCUGAGAAUCAACCGCUUCGCCUGGCCCAAGAUUCUCAAGAUCUCCUAUAAGAGGAGUAACUUUUAUAUCAAGAUCCGGCCUGGGGAGUAUGAGCAGUUUGAGAGCACGAUUGGCUUUAAGCUCCCAAACCACCGGUCAGCCAAGAGGCUGUGGAAGGUCUGCAUAGAGCACCACACGUUCUUCCGGCUGGUGUCGCCCGAGCCCCCGCCCAAGGGCUUCCUGGUGAUGGGCUCCAAGUUCCGAUAUAGUGGGAGGACCCAGGCGCAAACCCGCCAGGCCAGCGCCCUCAUUGACCGGCCCGCGCCCUUCUUCGAGCGUUCCUCCAGCAAACGGUACACCAUGUCCCGCAGCCUUGAUGGAGCGGAGUUCUCCCGCCCGGCCUCGGUUAGCGAGAACCAUGACACGGGACCUGACGGUGACAAGCAGGAGGAGGAUGGCGAGUCUGGGGGUAGGCGGUCAGAGGCUGAGGAAGGAGAGGUCAGGACCCCCACCAAGAUCAAGGAGCUAAAGCUGGAGCAGGAAACCACGCCGAGACACAAGCAGGAGUUCUUAGACAAGCCAGAGGAUGUCUUGCUCAAGCACCAGGCCAGCAUCAACGAGCUCAAGAGGACCCUGAAGGAACCCAACAGCAAACUGAUCCACCGGGACCGAGACUGGGAGCGGGAGCGCAGGCUGCCCUCCUCUCCCGCCUCCCCCUCCCCCAAGGGCACCCCUGAGAAAGUCAACGAGUCCCGGAGGACCCAGGACACCUCUCCGCAGGACUUGGCACCAGAGCCUGGGACGGCCACAGGCUGGGAAGUGUUCACUCAGAAAAGCCUCGCAGCGUCUCCUGAGGGUUCAGAGCAUUGGGUAUUUAUAGAAAGAGAGUACACUAGGCCAGAAGAACUCAGCCUCCUAAAAGUGACCACCACUCAGCAGGAAGAAAGUAAGGCAGGCCUCGCAGAUAUCCUUGCUGAUGGCAGACUCUCCAAGGUAGACGUCCUGGUGGACAAGUUCAAAGUCGAAGUGGCCACAGAAGAAAUAGUGGGAGUUAGAAGAGCAAAGACCCAGCACCAAGGAAGAAUGAUUGCAAGCCCUGAAGACUUUGAGUCAAUGUGGGAGGAGGGCUCCUGGGUCAGGAAAGGCCCAGAAGGGGCUUCUCUUGCUGCAGGCUGCACACUGGCAGGAAACCUUGAGGGCUCCCAGUUGAGGGUGGGCACUGGGGAGGCCACCAUCAAGAAGCGCUGGAUCUCAGGUGGUCAGCUGGAGGGCCAGAUGGAGCUGAGGAGGGAGCUGGAGGAGUGCCAGACUUGGGGAAGACCUGCUGCCUCGGGGACCAGGCUAGCAGAGGCCGAUGUCCCUUCUCCAGCCUCCGACAAGGGAGGACUCCAGUCAUUUCUGCUGGACCCAGCCCAGUCGGAAGCCAGAGCUGACUCGAGUGAUGAAACCAAACCUUCCUUUGCAGAGAGGAGCUUCUAUUUGAACUAUGGAGAGAAAGAUUCUGAAGACCCCUUCCUCCCUCCACCUCUGGAGGAGAGGGAAGAGCAUGUGGAUGCCCUUCCUGUUGACGAGACCAGGCUGGAGCGCUCAGAGAGGCUCUCCGAGAGCUCUGUGCUCACUUCCUCAGACCCACAGGGCCCUGCUGCAGCUUCCAGCAGGAGCGAGAACAAAGAAGGUGUUGGCCACACGGCCUCCUUAGAGGAAGGGGCACGGUCCCCCAAGGACCACGGAAGACCAGAUGGCCCAGAGGCCUUUGUUGAGCAGCUUCAUAAGGGACCUUCUCCAGGGCAGACAUUUGCUGAGGACUGGGAAGAAGCUGGGCGGGGGGUGGAAGGAGAAUUUAGCCACCCAGCAUGCAACCUAGGCACAGAGGAAGAGGCCCUCAAGGGUGGAGAUUUGAUGGAAAAGGCUGAGAACAGGUCCCCAGCAGGAUGGCAGAACCACUCACCUCACAGAGGAGGGGGCAUGCGCCCAGACCUCCCAGCCUGCGCCCUUCCAUGGACCACCCCUCCUAAUGAUGUCAGGAAGCCAACCAAGCCAGACAGAGGCAACUUCCUGCACCAAGACGGGAGACUGGUGCACAUCCAAACAGGAGAACCUGCGAUGGAGGACAGAAAGGCCUCAGUGUUUCUUCAGAUGGACAUGAUCACCCCCCUCCCAGCUUCCCCUGGUCCCUUUCAAGCUCAGGCAGCUCCAGAGGAAACUUCUCCAAGCCCAGCCCCUCGUGGGUCAGGGGAGCCUCCACAGCUUGGGGAUCCUUUUGGAGAACAGUCCCCUGUGUUUCUCAAACAUGCCCGUCCUUUUAAAGGGAGGCCAGAGCCCAAGGACCGAGUAGGACCAUCUGUGACCCCAGACGGAGGUGAGCGCCGGGCACCUCCCGUUGCCAGCAGAAAGCCCAGAAUUGUCUCUGAAGGAGCCGAGGGGGCUGUACCCCUGGGGUUGGUGUUCCCUUCAGGGAAGCAAAAGGAGAUGACCUCUUUCCAGGCUGGGGGCCAAGAGGGCUCCCUGGAAGAUAUUAGCAAGACCUCAGUGGCCAACAAAAUUCGGAUCUUUGAGACCCAUGGAGCUGAAACUCGCCGAGCGAGUCAAGGUGAAACAAGGGCCCUCAUGAGCGAGUUGUCUUCAGAGGCCUCCGUGGGUCAGGUAGAACAACAGCGGAAUAAGCUUCUGGACCUAGGCUUCGUCCAACUCCAGCCCCCAGGGGACUUUGCUGGCCCCAAAGCCACCCAUUCCUCAGUGACGUCACCGGCGCCCAGAUACUUCAGGGAGGGCAUUGCUACCACAUCCCCCCGGGAAGAAUGCACGGACCUCGAGCUCAUGUCCCCCGAUUCGGGCUGCGAAACUGCGCUGGAGGAAACCACCGGGGGCACUGGCCACAGAGCAGGGCUAAGGGAGGGCUCAGAGGAGAAGGUCAAACCGCCUCGUCCCAGGGCCCCAGAGAGUGACACGGGAGACGAGGACCAGGACCAGGAGAGGGAUGCGGUGUUCCUGAAGGACAACCACCUGGCCAUUGAGCGCAAGUGCUCCAGCAUCACGGUCAGCUCCACGUCCAGCCUGGAGGCUGAGGUUGACUUCACGGUCAUUGGUGACUACCAUGGCGGCGCCUUCGAAGACUUCUCCCGCAGCCUGCCUGAGCUCGACCGAGACAAAAGCGACUCAGAGACCGAGGGCCUGGUGUUCUCCCGGGAUCUCAACAAGGGGGGCCUCAGCCAGGAAGACGAGCCUGGGGGCAUCGAGGAUAGCCCGGAUCGAGGGGCCUGCGCCACCCCAGAUAUGCCCCAGUUUGAGCCUGUGAAAACGGAAACCAUGACGGUCAGCAGCCUGGCCAUUAGAAAGAAGAUUGAGCCUGAGGCUGUCCUGCAGACCAGAGUCAGCACUAUGGACACCAGCCAGCAGGUUGAUGGGACUGCCCCAGGGGGAAAGGAGUCCGUAACAACUGCUCCCUCCAUCACCACGGAGACCAUAUCGACCACCAUGGAGAACAGUCUCAAGUCCGGGAAGGGGGCAGCCGCCAUGAUCCCAGGCCCACAGACGGUGGCCACGGAUAUCCGUUCUCUUUCUCCGAUCAUCGGGAAAGAUGUCCUCACCAGCACGUACGGCGCCACUGCGGAAACCCUCUCCACCUCCACCACCACCCAUGUUACCAAAACUGUGAAAGGGGGGUUUUCUGAGACGAGGAUCGAGAAGCGGAUCAUCAUCACUGGGGAUGAAGAUGUUGAUCAAGACCAGGCCCUGGCUUUGGCCAUCAAGGAGGCCAAACUGCAGCAUCCUGACAUGCUGGUAACCAAAGCUGUCGUAUACAGAGAAACAGACCCGUCCCCAGAGCAGAGGGACAGGAAGCCACAGGAAUCCUGACCUCUGUGAAGAGAUGCUGGCGUUUCUGGUCCAACCCAAGCCAGAGAACCGUUAAGAAGGGGCCUUCAUUCUGGAUUCUCCGACUCAACACCGAAGUCCCAGCUGUGACAUACUGUCACCGAAGAGGAACUGGGAAAGGAAAAGCAUAUAUAUAUAGAUAUAUAUAGAUAUAGAUAUAUAUACAGGAAACACCGCGUCCUUGCACUGCUGCUGGGGCUGGUCACGCAAUCGGCCAACAGCAACAACCAACAUCUGAACACCUACAUUUCCUUUGCAGACAAAUUGAAGAACUGGUGGGAUUUUUCAGGAAAAAAAAAAAAAAAAUAUAUAUAUGUAAUGACAAUAAUCUCUUGCUCCCCCUUUCGAAGCCCUGCGGAAUGACAAAGGCAAGCCAGACCACAGUGAUCGUAGGAGUACAAAACAACCCUGGUUCUGCACGUGACCUUGCGUGGACGAGCAUCCCAUUUGUCCUGAGGUGUGUGCCGUCCACUCCAGUGCAAAGGAAACACUUUCGCAGCAAAGCAAGAGAAGUCGCGUCAGCAAGACACGCGCCGUCAACCGUUUGCCAAGAAAGAAGGAAAAUCCCCCACUCGGAAAGGAGGAGGAACCCUGGAUGAUUAUUUUUUGGGUCUUGACACUGGGCUGCAAAAUCCACCUUCCUUUCUUCCGCCUCCCCUCCCCCUCGCCUCACGCGUCUUGUCAUUUCUGUCUUGGCUCCCCCCUCCCCCUCCCCACCCUCGGUAUCCCAGUCCCGCCAAGGGCCGCUGCAGAUGACUCUGGUUUGGGACAAGAAAAAGAAAAGAAGGCAAGAGCAGAAAACCCAGCCACAGGAAGGAAAGUAGACACUGUAUGUUUAUGGGUUCUCAUUAUGAAAGUGCAGCUUGUAGGAGAUGUGGAUGGAUGUGCUUUUAAGUUAUGUAUAUGACAUAUAACAGGAAACAAAUAUUAAAAUAAACAGUGCUGGUAAGUAUGAAGCUGACAUUUUAAAAUUAUAAAAUUAUCCGACUGUGAUUGAUGUAUCGCAAGGUUCUUAGAUCUCACUGAACCGGCCCAGCCGAGGAGACCUGGACUCUGGCUGUGGGCUGCUCGCAGUAGGAGCUGACGGUUCAGCGUAGUAAUACAGUGUGUGGUAUUUGUAAUUGGUUGAUUGGUGGGGAGGGGUGGGGUCCCCAGAUGGAGGGGCAGGGGUUUGGCAAGAAGGAAGAAACACAGAUGUAGUCCAAGAUGCCUUCCCCGCAUCCCCCUCGGGCAGUAGCCACCAGGGCCUGGUCUGUGCUCAGGUGUGGGGUCCAGAGUCAGGAUUCCGCUACAGGGGUCCCCUGGCUCAGCCCCCAUACCUCCCUAGGGGGUUUGCUUUGGUUUUCAGUCUUCUCUUUCUUCGGCCACAUAUCUUUUCCCUGACCACAUUGUGACAGCUGACUCCCCAUGCAAAGCGACGUGACAUCCACCAGCCGCCGCACAGGAUGGUGGCUUUAACCUGGCUGGCUGGAGAGCCUGGCUGCCUCUUGUCCUCUGUGCCUCCCACAUUCGUUUUCUUCCUCCUGGGCCAAAGCAGCCAUGGUAGAGACCAUGAACACAGGGCAGGCCCCAUGGGGCAGAACUUCAUUUCCAAAGGCUUUGCCUGCCCUCCCCCCCCCCCCCCCCGACAAGGCUCAGAUGAAAGGUGGUAUUGCUCAGAGGCUCCUUCUAUGUAUGAGACUCUGGCUUUGGAAACCUCCCCUUUAGCCAGCGUCUGAGCUCUGAGCCUGUACUGUCAGUCCCCAGAAUUGCCUUCAGACCACAGAAGCCCUUGGAGAAUACCCCUUCCAAAGCUUGAGCUUUCCCAGUCUUGCCUGCCAGGAGCUGCUUCCCUGAGCUCAAUGAGUCCCCUUUGGAAGGAAUAUGUCCCCACCGCACUUUUAAUUUCUCAGUCCCAUAUUACCUCCCCCUGUCCCACCUCUACAGCGGUCAUUAAAUUCAUUCAGCAGAUAUUUAUUGAGUACCUACUUGUGCCAGGCACUAUGCUGGGACUGCAGGAGAGAAUGUGGGGGAGGGGAGGGACCUGGAAGUCCUCUCAGCCAGCCUUACAUCUUCAAUCAUGGCUUGCCCCUCUGAGAGCAUUUCCACAUUCUCUCCAAUUAUUGGCCAUUGCCCAGGGAUACCCCCCCCCCCCCCCGAGGGCCCCGGCGUACUUCUCACUUACCCCAAUGACAUAUACACUUAGUUUGCUAAGCUGGUGCUGACCCGAGGAUGAGAAACCAGAGCAGUGUGUGCGUCUGUGGGCAAAAAUGGGACAGAGAGCAGGCAGAGAGAGCCCUGCCCCUGGGGCUCAGAUGGGAGAUUCAGCCACAUCCCCCCCGCCUCCCAGCAAGACAGGUGGCCCCCACUCCAACCCCCCUGAGUGCGACAGCUCACUUCCAUGCACCGGGUUCUUUUUACCAUCUUGGUGGAGAAGCCACAGAACCUCCUUCGCACCCCUUUCAACCGGAGAGCUCCUAUUCUUUCUGGGCCAAGAACUGGAAUGACUCCAUCCUCCCUGGGCUACCCGGAAUUUGGCUCAGGCACCCCUGUCUUUGCAGGAACCAGGCGUCCCGAGCACACUGGUCACACCUCAGAGGGAGAGUAUUUGUUCUGUGGCUUCAGAGCAGGGAUGAAGUGACCAGGCUUAGCGUGUGGGCCGGCUAGGGUUUGUGGAACUCUCCGUCCCACGGAUGCUGUGACCUUCCUUCCGUGGAGAGACAGGGAGCGCCACAAGGGAGGAGGGGAGCUGCAAAGCUGAAAUCUAGGGCACUGUUUCCUCCCAUCCUCCUCUUCAUAGACAAUAUAGAUGUUUGUCUUGUCUGUCUUCAACCUACUUUUCUUUUUUUCCUUUUUACAUUUCUCAUCCUUUCUGUGCUGCCUCUCCACCCAGGAGACCAUGUAGCAUAUGGAAAAUCUCCUGGAGGGUAUCCUGACUCAGCCCCUAACUCACCAUGUGACAUUGGACUAGUCCCACCACCCCCCUCCUUUGGGGCCUCAGUUUCCCUGUUUGCAAAAUAAGCAGGAUAAACCAGAUGCUCUCCAGGGUCUUUUCCGGGUCUGCUGUCCCACAGAUCUUCAUUUUCUCUUGUUUUGCUUUCUUGGGAUCUUUUCCGUCUGAGGGGACAGGAAGUGCCAGGACCUGUUUCAGUUUGUGAAUCCUGCAAGCACAUUCCAAGACUGGCCUGCAAUUGCAUGAGCAACAUCACUCUAAAGGAUUUUUUUUUUUUUUUCAAAAGCACUUACCAACCAACUGCGAUGCUGUCCUGUUCCUUUUUACUCACACCCCUCCCUCCCCUCUCGUCCCCACGCUCCCCCACCUCAGUGCUCUGUGCUGUAUGCGUGUGCUCUCUGUUCUUGUAUACUCAAUAAAAGUGAAAUAAAUGUGUUUGAUGCUGAACCACAAA